AUGCCGCCGCGAACCCUGCUCCUGUGUUUCGACGCCUUCGGGACAAUCUUCAGACCCAAGCAGCCCAUCGCGGCGCAGUACAAUGCCGUAGCGAGACAGUGCGGGCUCGCCGGCGUCGACGACGGCGAGCUGCACGCCGCCUUCAAGGCCGCCUUUCUGCACCAAGCGCGCACCUACCCAAACUAUGGCAAGGCCACGGGCAUGGGUGCGCACAAGUGGUGGACCGACGUCAUCCACGGCGCAUUCCAGCCCGUGGUCGACGAGGCGAGACCGCUGCCGGCAGAUCUCGCGCCGCGGCUCCUGCGCCGCUUCGCCACCGCCGAGGCCUACGACUUUGCGCUAGACCCGCGCCUGUUCAGGCUGCUGAAACGCGCCGCCCUGAGGCUUCCCCUGGACGGCUCUGUCGUGGACGACGUGGUCGUCGGCGUCAUCACCAACUCGGACGACAGAGUCCCCGGCAUCCUGUCGUCGCUGGGCCUGGCCGUGAGCCCGCUGCGCGCCGGCGCUGCGUCGGCUGCGUACCCGGCUGCCGCCGUCCCUGGGCGGCCCUACGACAUCGACUUCCACUGCAUGUCGUACGAUGUGGGCUUUGAGAAGCCCGACCGGCGCAUCUUCGAGGCUGCCGAGGCUGCUGCCGCGCACGUUCUGGCCACGCAGCAGCACAUCCCCGGCGACUGGAUCAAGGUUUACGUGGGCGACGAGUACAAGCGGGAUGUGGUGGGCGCGCUCGGCGCCGGGUGGAACUCGGUGCUGGUUGCCGACCAAGAGUGCCAGUGUUCCGAGGACGUGAGGACGCUGGGCGAAUUUCCCGACCGCCAAGUCUUCUCCCCCCACGGCACCGCGCCGCCCGUCAGCGUCCGCGUGCCCGAUGUCGACACGCUGCUUGCAUGGCUCGUGGGGCCGGCGAGGAUAUGGGACGAAGUUGACUGCCAGAAUAAUAUCCCAUAA